AUGUCCAAGCAGCAGUGGUCGACUGUUGUAGCUCUCCAGGCGAGAGGCGUGCGGAGAGGAGGAGGAAGUUGGGAACGCCGGCGACUGCUGCCCCUUUUGGCGACCGCAGGAAAUUCGCAAGCUGCGAGCAGCAAAUCAUCGCGAGUGCCAACUUCCGACCCCAAAGGGGCUGCGCCUGCCGCUGGUGAAUCCCAUUAUGACCCCAACGACGACAAGUUCUGGAAGCAAGCCCGGCCGGCCAGCCCCGCCCCGCCCAGUGCAGGGCAGUCGUCGUCGUCGUCGUCCGCGCGACCUCAGCCCAGUCGCGGCUGGGCAGCGCUGGGGAUCCCGAAUUUUCGUGCUGCGCUCUGGACGGCGGUGCUUACAUGGCAGACGAAGGCAGCAAGUGACUUCAGCAGGAGCCGCGUGGCGCGUCCGCGCGCGAGCGCUGCCCGAGCCUGGGAGCCGCGGGCCGAACCCCAAUGGGGUGCAGCAGCAGCGGUGCAGCAGAAAGAGAGGAAGGCGGUCGAGCUGGGGCGUGGGAGCAGAAUCGGGCUCGGCUCAUGGUGGGGAAUUAGAGGCUGGGCGGGGCGGGGCUGGGCGGGCGGGCCAUCGGAGGUCUUGGAGCCGAUGGCUAGUCGAGGCUGGCCCCGGCGGCCGGGCCGCGGGAGCGCGAGCUGGAGCUGGAGAUGGAGGCGAGCGAGCGAGCGUAGUGUAUGUCGUAUGAGGCCCGAAGGCGCCCCGGCUGGACUGGCUGGCUGGCUGGCUCUCUACGAAGAAUAG